AUGCAGAUGGGGAAUUACUCAGCAGUCACUGAAUUCUUUCUGAUGGGACUUUCCAAAUACCCAGAGCUCCAGCUCUUUCUGUUCGUUCUCUGCCUCAUCAUGUAUGUGAUAAUCCUUUUGGGAAACAGUCUCCUCAUUGUCAUCAGCAUACUGGAUUCUCGCCUCCACACCCCCAUGUACUUCUUCCUUGGGAACCUCUCAUUCCUGGACAUCUGUUAUACAUCAUCAUCCAUUCCUCCAAUGCUCAUCAUAUUUAGGUCCAAGACAAAAUCCAUCUCCUUCAUUGGCUGUGCUCUGCAGAUGGUUGCCUCCCUUGGGUUGGGCUCCACUGAGUGUGUCCUCUUGGCUGUGAUGGCCUAUGACCGGUAUGUGGCCAUCUGCAACCCACUGAGGUACCCCAUCAUCAUGAACAGAGUGCUUUAUGUGCACAUGGCUGCUUGGUCCUGGAUCAUAGGCUGUAUGAAUUCCUUAGUGCAAACAGCCCUGACAACGGUGUUGCCUUUCUGUGGAAAUAACGUUAUUGAUCAUCUUACCUCCCACCUGACUGUGGUUAUCUUAUUCUAUAUGUUUAGGACAUGUGAACCCAUCUGGAGAGACGUAUUUUAUGUAGUCCCAGAUGAAGUUGCAGAGUUCAGUAUAAUGAAAGCGUUGUGUUUGUAA